AUGGGGGCAACCAACUCGACACAAUCAUCCGUCACCCUCAAGACACCCCGAGGCAGCCUCCGCGGCAUCCAGCUUUCAGACGCCGCAACUAGUAAACCAGUCUACCACCGUUACACCCGAAUUCCCUACGCUCUUCCACCCGUCGGUCCUCUACGCUGGCAGAAGCCACAUCGUCUGCCCGAUGAUUUCUCUUUCAAUACCAACGAAGACGGGCCGGGAGACUACACUUCUUUUGGUCCGAUCUCUCCUCAGCCCAUCUACAAUCAUGAAUCCGCUCGACUGUAUCCUCCGGAAGCUGCUCCGGAGCCGGCGAAUGUGCAGAGCGAGGAUUGCCUGUAUCUGAAUGUCUGGGUUCCGGCGGGACGAGAUAGGGAGAGGCCGGCGGCCGGCUGGCCAGUGCAAUUUUAUAUUCAUGGAGGCUGGCUCCAAGUCGGCGAUGCAAUGCAAAACAACACCAACGAGCCCUUCGACCUGCUUCUCCACACCUCUCAUCCCCGGAUCAUCGUCUCACCAACCUACCGGCUCAACAUCUUCGGCUUCCUCUGUGCCCCCAGUGACCCUAACUCCCCCUCCUCCUCCCCCUGCCCCGGGAACUUCGGCUUCUGGGACCAACGCCUCGCCCUAGAAUGGACCCACGCCCACAUCUCCUUCUUCUCCGGAAACGCCAACAACAUCACCCUCGGCGGUCUCUCCGCCGGCGCCCACUCCGCCAUGUUCCAACUCACCUACUCCGCCAGCCGAUCACGCCCCGAAUCCUCACCCCUGAUCCGCCGGCUCUACCUCUGGUCCAACGUCGUCGGCAUCCAACCCAACCCGCCCACCUCCCCAGCCAUCCACUCGCAAUUCAACCAAGUAACAACCCACUUCAACAUCGCCGCCUCCCUCCCAACCUGUGAAAAACUCUCCAUCCUCCGCACCAUACCCGCCCACAAUCUGGUCGCGGCAAUACCGCAUCUAGAACUGCACACCUUCCGCGCGGUGACCGACGAGGAAUUCAUCCCCUCGGAUUUCCUCUCCUCAAUCUACCACCCGGACCCCGACCCCGACGCAUCCGGAUCCGGAUCCACCAACUUCUCAUCCCGCCUGAAAACAAACCGAGUCAAGAUCCUGCUGGGCGAAGUCCAGGACGAAGCGCGCCUAUACCGAUUGCAACUACUACCCGUCGCGCGUCGUGGACGCACUGUUAAAUCACUACCGCCUUCCUACUCCUCCUAA